GGCAGCCUCCAUGAAGUUGUAACAACAAAACGUAGGAUGAACGUGUUUAGGACGUGUAGAAUACAGGCGUUAUUGAUUUAUUGUUUCUUAACGGAGAUGCCACGAUAAAAACAUACAGAAUUGUUUACUUAUUCUUACUUUGAUGUGACUUUAAAAAAUCCAGACAGUAUCGUUAACUAUAUGACUGUACUACGAGUAUGUCUGGUACACCAAAGAAACGGAGAAAUGAUUUCGAUGAAGCUGAUGAACCUGAACAUGGUCUAGCAAAACAUUCACAUCGACAUAAGAAAAAGAAACAUAAAGAUCGGAAACACAAAUAUGCAGAUCCAGAGUCUAGAAGCAGUGCCAAAACAGAUCACAGCCUCAAGAGUAGAGAGCAUCUUCAUUCAGUCGGGGAACGGUCAGAACACAAAGACAGAACUGACGUUUACGCCAGUCGAUAUGGUACAGACAAGACAGAACAUAGAGAGAGAACUGAAUUUCACUGUGGUCGGUAUGGUAGUUCAGGUAGUUCUGUUCGUGAUAAGGAAGAAUAUUACAAAUCUAAAAAUAUUUCACAGAUUAAAAUGGAACAUGAGGAGGGUGAGACGUCUUCUACAAAUUAUGUGUCCAGUAUUAAAUCUGAAAAAAAUGAUGUAGACGGAGAUUUACGUGAACAUCACAGGAGAUCCUAUGAGACAAAAUAUGAAAGUUACAAGUGCCAGACAGAAAUUGUUAAAUCUGAAGAAAGAACAGAACUAAAAGUGAAGGAGGAGGCACAUUCAUCUGAUUCUGAAUCGGAGUCGGAGUUAGACUUCAAUUUUGACUUUACUCAGUAUAAAUCUGAUCUGAUCAAAAUCUUCUUCCGAGAUCAAAAUUUUAUUAAAAGAGGUACCCAAGAGUAUGAAGAUUUCUGGUUAUUUGUUGUCAAGUAUCUUGAUUUUCAAAGAAAAAAGAAGUCAAAGCAAGUAAAAGGAUCUCAUGCCGUCCAGAACCCACCCUCCAGUGGUGAACUGGGACUUCCACAGCGCUAUGACAACCGGUACAGAAUCAAUAUGUCAUUGGUCAGCAAGAAUGUUGACCUGUUUCUCAAGAAAGGUCGACUGGUGGAUUAUGAUGUCGACAAGGCUUUGACAAGAGAAAGAGUGACACAGUUCAGAAAUAUAUUUUUGCAUUAUCUGGACUUUCAACAGAAACAAAAGUUAAACAAGAUAAAGAAGAUUCAGAAAGACCAGAGAAACCUGCCGAUAUUUCAGUACAAACAGAUGAUUGUUGGGAUGAUUCGACGUCACCAGAUUGUUGUUGUGGCUGGAGAUACAGGCUGUGGGAAGUCAACACAGGUUCCCCAGUAUCUGCUGGAAGGUGGUUUUGAGAACAUUGCUUGCACGCAGCCACGACGAAUAGCUUGCAUCUCUCUGUCUAAACGUGUUGGCUAUGAAACUCUGCAUGAGUAUGGGUCUGAAGUAGCCUAUCAGGUUAGAUUUGAAAAGACCAAGACAAAGGCCACAAAAGUAAUUUUCUUAACAGAAGGUUUGCUUUUGCGACAGAUGAGCACCGAUCCUUACUUGAAGCAGUAUAACGUUAUAGUCAUUGAUGAGGUACAUGAGCGUCACAUUUUCACUGAUUUUCUGCUCGGAGUUUUGAAGUGCAUGUUGCAGCAGCGUGAUGAUCUGAAGCUGGUUUUGAUGUCCGCUACGAUUAACAUCUCGCUGUUUAGUGGUUACUUCGACAACGCACCUGUCAUCAAGGUUCCUGGCCGUUUAUAUCCCAUUCAGUUAGAAUAUUACCCAUUGAAACAAGAAGAGCAAGUUGGCAAGUCAGAGAGAAUGGACCCAACUCCCUACAUCAGAAUUCUGCAGCAAAUUGAUCACAAGUACCCGAAGACGGAGAGAGGUGAUUUGUUGGUAUUUCUCAGUGGUAUGUCGGACAUAAUGACCGUAAUUGAGGCGGUACGGGUUUAUGCUCUACAAACCAAAGGUUGGAUCGUGCUGCCACUACAUUCAGCACUGUCCAUACAGGAACAAGAUCAGGUGUUUGAUAUUGCUCCUGAGGGUGUCAGGAAGUGCAUUGUGUCAACAAAUAUUGCAGAGACUUCGGUUACCAUUGACGGAGUCAGAUUCAUUAUUGAUUCAGGAAAGGUGAAGGAAAUGAACUUUGACCCAAAGUGCAAGAUGCAGAGACUUCAGGAGUUUUGGAUUAGUCGAGCUAGUGCAGAACAGAGAAAGGGAAGAGCAGGUCGAACUGGCCCCGGUAUCUGUUACAGACUGUAUGAUGAAACUGACUAUGACGCGUUCCAAGAGUACGCCACUCCAGAAAUACAGCGAGUCACACUCGACACGCUGAUACUGCAAAUGAUUUCCAUGGGACUACCCAAUGCCAGGAAAUUUCCUUUUAUCGAGGCUCCAGAAAUGUCAAGUAUAGAAAAUUCAAUCAGCUUUCUCAAAGAACAGGAUGCCCUGACAGAAGAUGAGUCGCUCACACCCAUUGGUCACAUGUUAUCCAGACUUCCUGUUGAAGUUGUUAUUGGCAAAAUGCUUAUAAUGGGCUCCAUAUUUCACAUGAUUGACCCAGUGUUGUCGAUUGCGGCUGCCAUGAGUGUUCAGUCUCCAUUCACUGUGAGGGCUCACUCGGACAAUGAUGCUAUAGCUGCCAGAAAGUCUUUAGAAUCUGACCAUGGAGAUCCGUUUACACUGCUCAAUGCUUUCGAUGAAUGGAUUCAGGUGAAGGCUGAAGGGCGAGGCACAAGAAAGUGGUGCAAAAGGCGCGGCAUGGAGGAACAGAGAUUUUACGAGAUGACCAAGUUAAAGAGGCAGUUCAAAGAUCUACUUGAGGAUCACCGUCUCCUGGACAAGGUGGACGAGAAGGAGCGUUUCUACACCAGCGAGGAGCGUCGGCAGAGACACGGUGAGCGCAAGCGGCUUGCGGUCCUGAAGAGAGAGCAGCAGAAAGAAUCAAAAAAGAGAAAGGUUCUAAAGUUUGUAGAAGACGAUUUUACAAUCAGUGAUGAGGAAGAAGAUGACAAAGGUGAUGAUGUCAAAGAUCUUGAGUUCAGGUUGUCACAUGAUCUCGACCAGUUACAGGAAACGGCCAAUAAAAGUCGUCGAUUUACCCGUCGAGACAUCAACCUUCUGAAAGUAAUUUUGUGCAGUGGCCUUUAUCCACAAGUUGCUAUUGCAGAUGACUGCAAUUCGUACAAACCUGAUUCAGAACAAGCUUUCCAUACAAAGAACAAGCCGUUUAUACUGCUUCACCCAACCAGUGUGUUUGCCAACCAUCCUGAUGUCCUUCAGCCUUCUGACAUCAAAGACUCACAAGACCACAAGUUAAAACUGAGUAGCAAACACGAACUCCUGUCAUAUGUUUCUAUCUUGGAAACGAACAAGCCGUAUCUGAUAAACACAAUGCGAGUGCCUGCCCUUCAAACUGUCACUCUGUUCUCAAACUCGAUCGACACCAAUACAGACUGUUCUCGGCUAGUUUGUGAUGGCUGGUUGGAAAUUAGUUUUCCAGACGAAGAGAGUGCCGACUCGGUUAUUUCCAGUAUUAUUAUGCUCCGCAGCACUUGGCAGAAUCUUCUCAAGGUCAGAUUGGAAGACACCUCUCGUGAAUUUGACGAUAAAACUCGCAUAAAUCCAAAGUCUAGGAAACUUGAGCAAGUUUUGGCAAGAAAACUGUCUGAAUUUCUCGAUAGUUCUGUUACAUAUUCCAUCCGCCGUGUUUUGGCAGCAGAAAUGAAACACAUGUAUGUUGGACCAGGGCAUGAAUUAGCAUCUUGUGAUACCCAGAAGUCAUUCCUCCCUUCAGUCUCAGGGAGACAGGAGCAUUCAGUGAAAGGAGGAAUUCAAGUUAACAGCUAUCUCACAUACAACUGUCUGGUUGAUGACACGACGGCCGAUGUGUGGGGGGAGUACACCAGUCACAUGCAGCGCCACUGGACGUGUCCUCAAUGUGACGUCAGUCUCAUUGUCUCCAUCGUCGAACGGCUGCAGCAUGAAAUCGAGUGUCAGAGCCAUGACAAACCUGCAACAAAGGAAGAAGAGGUGAAGGAACUGGAAGAAGAGAGAGCCACCCAGUUAAACCCUCUGCGAAAACCAUAUCACUGUACAGACUGUGACAAAGACUUCACAUUCACAUCAACAGAGAUUCUAAAACACCGAAAAUCUCACAAGACAUGACCAUGUACAGAAUUAUAUACUGAUGAAAAGAAAUAAAGGAUCACACAGAUAGCAACAACAAAUAAUGACUGCAUCAAAAAUCAGUCAUUAUUUGUUGUUGCUAUCUGUGUGAUCCUUUAUUUCUGCAUCAAAAAU